AUUUGCUCCAUGAAAAUCUCUCCCCGUCGCUCCUUCAAUCUAGCAUUUUUUUCUCCUUUCCCAAUUCUCACGUACAGACCUCUCUCUCUUUCUCUCUCUACAUUUCUCUUUCCUUCAAUGGCGGCUCUUCAAUUCUCCACUAUUUCAACCGCCUCUUUCAGGUUGUAGUUCGAGCCUGAGGAGGCAUGGUUAUGGUUUCUCCGCCGAUGGAGGAGCCAGGACAAUGGAAGCGCGCGAUGAUCGAUUCGACGGCUGGCGCAAUUGCUGGUUGUGUAUCGAGGACGGUCACGUCUCCUCUCGACGUGAUUAAGAUCAGGUUUCAGGUUCAACUGGAGCCAACAACUUCAUGGGCCUUGGUUCAAAGAAGCUUAUCUGGACCGUCAAAAUACACUGGCAUGGUCCAAGCAACAAAGGAUAUUUUCAGAGAGGAAGGCUUACCGGGUUUUUGGCGUGGUAAUGUUCCUGCUCUGCUCAUGGUUAUGCCAUAUACAGCUAUACAAUUUACCGUUUUACAUAGACUGAAAACAUAUGCCGCUGGUUCUUCCAAGACAGAGGCCCACGAACAGUUAAGCCCAUAUCUUUCUUAUAUUAGCGGGGCACUGGCGGGGUGUGCAGCAACCAUUGGAUCGUAUCCAUUUGAUCUUCUUCGAACAAUACUGGCUUCACAAGGUGAACCUAAGAUAUAUCCAACCAUGAGGUCUGCAUUUAUUGAUAUAAUCCAAACCCGGGGGUUUCGAGGACUAUACGCUGGAUUGUCACCUACACUUGUCGAGAUUGUUCCAUAUGCGGGUCUACAAUUCGGCACCUACGACACAUUCAAGCGAUGGACUACAUCCUGGAACCACCGCCACUACCCAAAUUAUAGAGCAAGUAAUACAGAAGACGGCCUCUCAAGUUUUCAACUUUUUCUUUGUGGAUUAGCUGCUGGGACAUGCGCAAAACUUGUUUGCCAUCCACUUGAUGUGGUUAAAAAAAGAUUUCAGAUAGAAGGGCUACAAAGGCAUCCAAGAUACGGCGCAAGAGUUGAACAACAUGCUUAUAGAAACAUGUUUGAUGCUUUGAGGCGAAUUUUGAAAAGUGAAGGAACUGCGGGGCUUUAUAAAGGCAUAAUUCCCUCUACAGUAAAAGCAGCCCCCGCUGGCGCUGUCACAUUUGUGGCUUACGAGAUCACCUCCGAUUGGCUUGAAUCUAUUUUGACUUGAUUCUAACAUUAUUAUUAUUAUGCGUUUUUCUUUUUUCUACCUGAUUCUUUCCUCUAGAUUGAAUGCCCCAAUAGAAAAAGGGAGGGCUCUGGCUUUUUUUUUUCCCCCUUUACAUCCAUUAGAUUUUGAGUUAUGUAGAGUUGACGGUGCUUUUGAGAUAGAGAAAUCCUGCCAAAAGCACAAAAUAAACCCUGAAGUGAUUAAAAUGAGCUACUUAACACGUA